AUGUUUACUACUGCUGAACUCAAGGAACGUCUAACGAAGGCCUUUUCAACUUUGCAGGAAAAUGUCUAUAAGGGUAAGCUUACUCAUUCUGAAGAAAUCCAAGCAUUCCAAAAGUACUUUGAAACUGUCUAUAACCCAAUGGAACUUGUUCAAACCGUCUGCUAUGCAGCGCCAAUUUUAAAAGAGAAAUUUGAAAAACACAUUGCCAAAAAGAAAUUUCCUAAAGUUGUAAAACCUGAAUUUAAAUAUGAUUUGGCCUUUGAGUGCGAACCACCCAAAUUUCCAAAUUUACCCAGUGCAGACUUUGCUCUAUCAUUUUUUCCCCUUACCCAAAUUGUUGUCGAAAGGAAUGUGGCGAAGAAAGAGAAGCCUGUGGCGAAAGCUAGUUCGAAUACUGCUUCUAAGCCAACUACCUCUUCAAGCCAAGGAGCUCCUUCUGCCAAGGAUGUUGCUUCAGAAAAAACGAAGAAGAGUUCAAAGGGUAAUGGCAAGCCUCCUUUGACGCCCAAGAAAAGAAAAGUCCUCACUGCAAAUGUAAUUCUUGUCGAAGACGAUGAAGAAGAAACUCCUCCAACUCCACUUAAGAAAAAACAGAAAAAGAAUAAGGCAACAGUUUCCCCUUACCAAACACACAAACAACAAGGUGUCGAAAUCAACAUUCUCCCUCCUCCUUCAAAGGAAACUCAAUCCCAGCCCUCUGGUGGCGCAGCGCUGGAGCAUAUUGGGAGCAAUGCUUCUGACCCUGAGGCUCAACAGGGUGCUGUCCAAAACAAAGGAUCUUCGAUUGGAGCCCAAAAUCUCGAAGCAGAUAAUGCCCAGAACGAACAAGAAACCUCUUCCCCUGGUGAAGAUGGUAAAAGAUAUUUGAAGCACGCUGAAGAGAAGGACUCAGCAGAGAAAGAAGAUCCUGAGGACACUCCCAGUAAUUCUCCUGCAAGAGUUGCGUUCCCUUCAGAUUAUGCUUACGAGGAUGAUCAGGAUUCUGAUGAGAUUGAGGGGUACUUUCAGGAAGAUGAAGACAUGAGUGAGGGAGAAGCUGAUCCUAAAGGAAAUCAGACUGGAACUGGUAAUGCUAAUGUCGAAACGGUCCCAAAUCCAGCUAAUGUUCGACUAUCCAUCAUCCAGACUUCACCUAUAUCACUUACUGAGGAGGAGAAAAAGGCUUUAAAACAAAAUGAUCCCCUCAAGUAUGUAAGGUUAAUGAUGGCUCAAAGAGAAUCUUCUUCAGAGCAAAGCAUUUCUGGAGCUUCGACCCAUUCUGGUGCUAGUGCAAACGAAGCAUCACAUGACGAACUCCUUCAGCAAGCGAAGAAGGCAGUUUUUGAUGUAGAUCUCUUUGAAGAAUUAAAGAAGGAUGUGGGAGAAAGCUUUGGCAUAAAGAAGCUGAUAAGUAAGAUCAACAUCACUAUUUGCCCUGCUGAUAUAGGUGAAGCCCUUAUCGACAUCCAGAACCUCAUUGACCAAGUCUAUGUUGAAUACCAUAGGGAGGUGGAUGCCAAAGCAAAGCUUCAAUCAACUGAAAAAGCUCAAGCCACUGAGUUUGAUAAUGCCCUUCGAACUUCAAAAGCCUCUGAGGAGUUAGUCGCUUCCAGAAAAUCAGCCCAAGCAGAAUUCGACACUUAUACUGCUUCGAUACGACUCUGGGAAUCUCACAUUGAAGAAUUGCAGAAGAAGAUUUCUGAUGCUAAGGCGAAGCAGGCUGCUAUCCAAGGCUUGGAUAGUACUGAAGCUGAUAAUCUAGUGAAGCAGAGCGUAGAUCAUGUCGAAAAGGCUAUUGCUAUGAAUGAAGAUAUUGCACGCCUCAGAGGGGUUCAAGCUGUUGUUCAGUACAAGAUUAGCUUGGCGAAGAUAAAGUAUGAUCGGAUGAGGGCCACUAUUACUUUUUGA